AUGCGCCAAUCGCGAAUACUCAAAUACUCAAAUUUAAAUUUAAAGCAUCAGAAUUUCGUUAAGCCUACGCUUGAGACGUUUGCCGUGUUUAAGAAUAUUUUCAAGUGGUCCGCUGUCUUUAGCCUGGCUGGGUUGCUGGGCACGCUAGCCACUUUCGAAGGAGUAAACCAGUUUGUGGAGUACAAGAGGCUAGAAGGUGCUGCGCUAUACAACCACCCGCCUCCAAACGACACUGAUGAAUGGUCACUCGAAAACGACGAUUGGUCUGGUGGUCUCAACGGCGGUACACACCCUUCAAUCCCUUACAAGCCAGCUCACUUGGUUAGAUCUGCGUGGAUUGCGUUGGAAUGGGGCGUAGGCACUGCUACCAACAUCACCUCCCUCAACCCCUCCCUCGACAUGGCCCAGUCUUAUCUGUUAUCGGCUAUCACCCAUAUCCAAGCUGCACCCGCUACAAUCCACAAAGACUACAUCCUCAACACACUCUCCUUGCGUCUAGCUGAUAUACGCAGUAGAAUCCACACCCGCGUCUCCCUUCACAACGCCCUCGACGGCUACGAGAAGGUGGUUUCCUUCCUCGUUGCGAGUGGUGCACCACCCACUGCGCUGAUAAAGGUCGAGAAUAGUGCCGGUAAUGUUUGCAGAGCGUUAGGAUUACACAAAGAAAGCGAGUCUUGGUACCACACCGCCUUGCGCAGACUGCCCCAUCACGACACACCCCAAUCGCAUUCCUCGCGCUGGCCAAGCUGGCUCACUCUCACUAGAAACACCACACAUACCCACCCACGCUUGGAUGUAAACAUCGCCUCUCUCUCCCCCGCCCAGCUCAGAGCAUACAUCGAAACCCUCCUCUCUCUCUCCAAACUUUACUCCACCACCACUAGACUCACCGAAGCUUCAUCCAUUCAGAAAACCCUCAUCGACGUUCUGCAUAGGUCGACUGAUCCCCACAACACCCCCCACUGUCUUCAGGCUCUCUGGCUGAGACACUCCCUCGCAUUAUCCCAGGUUCAUUACGCCGAGGUGCGCUACGCAUUGAAUAAAUCCAACCUCGAAGAAUCUUUAGGAUGGCUGCAGAAUGCCGAACAUCUCUCGCAAACUACCCACAAAGCCGUCGAUGGCUCUUUUGCCUCCGAUACAUACGCCAAGAGACAGGCACUUAAACUCACAGCCUCAUCUAACAAAACAGCCUCCGAAUGCGCUUACUUGAUGGGUGUCCUCCAUCAGUCCGUAAACGAUAACCAAAGAGCCCUCGGCUGCUUCGAACGCGCUAUCAAGUCGGCGCUGCAUUUGGACUCCCUCACAAAACAACAUCUCGAAUCCCUCCCUAACGACCCUGCCAACUUAAAAUAUAUUGAUGCUUAUAAGAAUAUUGGAAAUUAG